AUGACCACCCACGAGUUCCGGAUCCCCCUCGAGCGCGGGCUGCCUCUCCGCACAAAGGGCGGCGAGCCCAUCAAGGAUGAAGACUGUGGUGGGAAUUCGCGGAACCCGGCCGUCAAGGACCUGGCGGGCCAGGCUGUCGAGGUUGCCAUCAUGCGGUAUGGAUUCCAGGGCGCCAAAGGAGGCUGCCUUUAA